CUCAAGUCUGGGGAACUAGUCACUCAGCCAGCAGCCCUUUCUUUCUUACCCUAGUCUCCAGUCCUCCAGUGUUCACAGGUGAGCUCCCCAACAGCCACUGGUCACGAUGGAGGCCAUCAAGAAAAAGAUGCAGAUGCUGAAGUUGGACAAGGAGAAUGCUCUGGAUCGGGCAGAGCAAGCUGAAGCCGAGCAGAAGCAGGCAGAAGAAAGAAGUAAACAGCUGGAAGAUGAGCUGGCAGCCAUGCAGAAGAAGCUGAAAGGGACAGAGGAUGAGCUGGACAAGUAUUCUGAAGCUUUGAAGGAUGCCCAGGAGAAGCUGGAGCUGGCAGAGAAGAAAGCAGCUGAUGCUGAGGCUGAGGUGGCCUCCUUGAACCGUAGGAUCCAGCUGGUUGAAGAGGAGCUGGACCGCGCUCAAGAGCGCCUGGCCACUGCCCUGCAAAAGCUGGAGGAAGCUGAGAAAGCUGCUGAUGAGAGUGAGAGAGGUAUGAAGGUUAUUGAAAACCGAGCCUUAAAAGAUGAAGAAAAAAUGGAACUCCAGGAAAUCCAACUCAAAGAAGCUAAGCACAUUGCAGAAGAGGCAGAUAGGAAGUAUGAAGAGGUGGCUCGUAAGUUGGUGAUUAUUGAGGGAGACUUGGAACGCACAGAGGAGCGAGCUGAGCUGGCAGAGUCCCGUUGCCGAGAGAUGGAUGAGCAGAUCAGACUGAUGGACCAGAACCUGAAGUGUCUGAGUGCUGCUGAAGAAAAGUACUCUCUAAAAGAAGACAAAUAUGAGGAAGAGAUAAAGAUUCUUACUGAUAAACUCAAGGAGGCAGAGACCCGUGCUGAGUUUGCUGAGAGAUCGGUAGCCAAGCUGGAAAAGACAAUUGAUGAUUUGGAAGAUAAACUGAAAUGCACCAAAGAGGAGCACCUCUGUACACAAAGGAUGCUGGACCAGACUCUGCUUGACCUGAAUGAGAUGUAGAGCACCCCAGUCCCAUCCUGCCGCUGCUCCUCCCUCUGACCCGACUCCGCUGAGGCCAGCCUGCCCGAAGCUGACCUUUAAACUGAGGGCUGACCUUUAACUGGAAGGCUGCUUUCUCCUUUCGCCACCUCUCCCACCCCCACCCCUGUGUCCUUUUCGCCAAACUGUCUCUGCCUCUCCCCAGAGAUUCCAUUUGGGCUAGAGGCUGAGCACCUUUGGGAACAACGUUUAAGGGAAUGUGAGCACAAUGCUAAGUGUCUUUAAAAGCAUGUUGUGAUGUACACAUUUUGUAAUUACCUUUUCUGUUGUUGUUGAUGUAGCAGCCAUUUGUAAAACAUUCCAGAUAAUUCCAUAAUUCUGAAGCAGCAGUCUAAUCCCUUUCUCACUUUUGGAAGGUAACUUUUCAGCUUAAUGCAUAUUGCCCUCUCCGUAGAGGAGGGGAAAAGGUAUGGGCCUGCCUUACAGAGAGCCAAACAGCCCAGAGGACUCCGUUUUGGGAAACCUUAUUGCUCUGUAAAAAGUACCCGCCAAACCAGAAAGGUGAUUCCAGAAGGAGUUAGCCAAAAAAAAAAAGCGCUGUUCAGGUUUUCAGCUUUACGGUAUCUUUGGGCAACUUCUUUUCCACCAGAAGUGACCAGAUGAAAUCAAGAUGGUGAGACCUCUGAGACCAAAUCCUUGUCCCAGCUCUCCCCUGUUCCCAGCCGCUCACAGAAUGGAUCAUGUGCCCCUUAUUUUGAGGCAACCACUUAUUUGCUCUCCCGCCUCCUUGAAAGAAAGGAAAGAAAAUUGUUUUACCACUGAUUUAGCCAUAUGAAACUCAUCUCAUCACCCUUUUCUGGGUCUGAAGCUGCUGUCUCUAAUAAAAGUGCCAUCUCAUUGUGCAUUGUAUCAGUUAGUGCUGGAGAAAUCUUGAAUAGCUUAUGUACAAAAUUGUUUUUAAAUUUUAUAUUAUUUUGAAACUUUGCUUCUUUGGGGUUGGGGCACACUGGUCACCCCAUCUGGCUGUGACAGCCCUCUACAGUCUGGGCUGGCAGUGUGCUGAUCUUUUAACGUUUCUUUCCCUACCCAGUCCCCCCUUUUUGGUGAGGUUUCAGUGAGGUCAGUUAGGUGUGCAUCCUACAGCUUAAUUGGCUUAAAAUGUACUCCCCUGUGGUGUGGUCUCUUUGGGGGCCGAUUGGGAGAAAGAAAAAACAAUAGUGUAACUGUUUUGAUACUGAACAUUGAUAAAUGUCUUUUUGAAAUAAAGAACCAGUCCCUCCAA